AUGCCUGAAAAUAGCUGGUUUCAAGCUGGAUUGUACCAGACCACUAGAGGGCAUCGGUUGAUGCGAACUAUCCCUACCUUGUUACAGCUAGACCACAUCGUGAAUGCCAUCUACCACUGGAGAGGGUCCGCUGAAUCAAGACUCACAAUGUGGCUGUAAUUUCGGCCUCAGCCAUGUUUCAUCUCAGUAUGAUUCCCCAAUACUCUGAGCUUUAUUUUUUGCUUAUCCCUUAUUGUAUUAUCUAGCAUACAGUUUAUGGUUACUCUGUUUAAUACAUGGCUGGUGGGUUCCCCGGCUUGUAAUAUUACUCUAUUACUAGCCUGUUUUCACACCUACCCUAUUCCUUUAUGAUAAUCUAUGAACCCGCCUGAGGUUUUCUCUUUUUUUUAUGCACAUACCUUGUCUUACUCACAGGCAGGGCCUCUUAGCAUGAUUGUCUCCUAUUGUAAAAAAAAAAAAGUGCAGUAUCUGUGACAUACUAUAUACCGCUUUAACUGAGAAUAGUGUUGUCUUCCCUCAUGUUAAGUCACUUACAUAACAGUGUGUAUUUCCCUGCACUACAAAAAUAAAGAAUUAAAAAAUAUAUAAAAUAGCACAACCUACAGCUAAAAUCCAGUUAUUGUGCUAAAAUCAUCAUGCUCUAAUGUAUUAUUGACAAGUAGGGAUGUGAAUGGGAAAAUAAUUCGGGACUUCGACACUUCGGUUUGGCACUUCAGGACUUCGGGUAAGUUUUGGGUUAGGGUUAGGAUUGGGUUAGGGAUAGGGUUGAUUUAGGAGUAGGGUUAAGGGUAGGUUUAGGGGUAGGGUAGCAUUAGAGGUAGGGUUAGGGUUGGUUUAGGGGUAGGGUUAAGGGUACAGGUAGGGUUAGGUGUAGUGUUAGGGUAGGGUUAGUUUAGGAGUAGGGUUGGGUUAGAGGUAGGGAUAGGGUAGAGGUAGGGAUAGGGUAGGGUUAGGGAUAAGUUUAGGGUAGGGGUAGGGUUAGGAAUAGGGUUACGAAUUGCACAUGUCUAUUGACAAGUCCGUUGACCUGCAUAGUAAAUAAUUACACAUUUGUUUCCAUAUUAAAAAUGUAGUGGAAUUCAGAUUAUCUUAGUUGCAACCAUGCAGAGAAUGGUGUAGGGACUGAUUCUUAAAAUCUUGGACCUUCGGCAGGUACAUCUGAAUGAUACAGGUACAUAUGAGAGUUAAUAAUAUUUUUCCUGCUCUUGCACGGGCCAACUAAAUACAGUCUUCCAGCUGCAUUGAGCUAUAAAUUAAUCUUCUGACUAGCUUAUAGUGGAUAUGGUCAAACCGUAGUUUAAGAGCCACAACUGCACCAGUAAAGAAAAAUUUAUUUCCGUUUGUAGAGUCUCUAUUUGGCUGCAUGUUCAUGUUUGCCUCCUACUGUAAGUGUUUAUUUUAGUCCUUGGAUUCUGUUUGAAAUUAUUGCCACUCUGACACAGAUUUUAAUGCCAUGCUAAGUGGGAUGUCUACAGAGCCAAACACUGGAACAACCGACCUUUUCAAAAGCUUAGUUUUAGAUGCCUUAGAGAGUCACAUUUCUAACAUUUUCUAAAUGUCCUCGGAAAACCAAUCUAUGGGGGGGUUUUUCUGUCCAAUAUGAUUCACAGCAGGAGAGAAAAUUAUAUCUUUCUUGGAAUUGUACAGUCCCCAGGGUUAAAAUGGACCCGGUCAUAAAUUCAUUACUCUGUGACCAGUUGAGAAAGAUUAAGUAUUGAUAGAUUUUCUCCAUGUUGAAUCUACUUUUAAAGACUUAUCACAGGAUAUCCUUCAUCAAUGAAAAUAUUGAUUGGUCUGAAACAUGUAGCGUCAGUUUUAUUGUUUAUAUUCUUGGUAAAUGUAUAAAUUAGCUGGCCAUGAGACUUUUACAGCUGGGUUAACUAAUGUCUGAUGGUUUAAAAUUUAGCGUUACACUAAUAAUGCUAUUUACCUGUUAGAUCUCAGCAUGUAAUUGGAGAGACAAUCAGCUCUCUGUAACAUUCAAUAUUUUAUUAAAUGAUUUAGAAAAAAAGUGGGGUAGGAUUGGAGGGGAAAUACGUCUGUUAUUAGCCAGACUAACGGAGAUAUAUAUAUAUAUAUUUUUAAUUUUUUACUUAUUUAUAGUUGCAAACAGUGAUUAAGUGUAAUUGCUAUUUGUAGUAAUAUUUUGAAUUCAUACACAGCGUAAUGCAAAAUUUUACUAUGAUAAAUUGCGUUAUUCUCAGAAGUGAAUCUGUGAGAUAUGAUAGUAAAUAUCUUAUUUUUACUGACUUCUGAGCAUAACUCACUUAAGCAAAUGCGGCGGUGUUAUCACCAACUAAUAAAUCAGGCUGCUGGUGUGAAUCUGUUAUUCAAAAAUGAUAUGGAUAUGAGCUAACAGGCACACUCCAUUACAUUGAAAAGAUUAACUUAAUGCUGGUAAAUCUACAAGUAUUGAUAUGUGGAUGAUCUGCCUUCCUGAGUGGACUUUUCAUCUCCCUCCAAUGGUAUACAUGUUGUGUUGUCACUUGAUGCACUAAAAAAUGUGAGUUCAAUAAGAGUAAAUUGCAAACUUCAGUAUAAGUUCAUAGUUACUUUUCCUCUGGCGAGUCCUAGCAUCUGGGUUUCUACUGGGCUUCCGAUAUUUGAUCAGUUCAUUCUUUAAAGGGACACUAUAGUCACCAAAGCAGCUUUAGCUUAUUGAAGCAGUUUUAGUGUAUAGAUCAUGCCACUGAUGUUUCAAUGCUCAAUUCACUACCAUUUAGGAGUUAAAUCACUUUUGUUUCUGCUUAUGCAGCCCUAGCCACACCUCCCCUGGCUGUGACUGACACAGCCUGCAUGGGGGAAAAAAUGGUUUUACUUUCAACGAAAUGUAACUUACUUUAAAAGUUUUUAUCUCCUGCUCUAUAAAUUUAACUAUAUUUACAUACAGGAGGCUCCUACAAAGUCUAGCAGUUAUUAACAGUGCAGGGGAAAGGACAUUUAAGGAAGUGUAAACAUUAGAUGACUCUCUACAGGAAGUAUUUAGGGUGGCCGUGCAAAACACAUGCAUCGAGGUGUGACUAGGGCUGCAUAAACAAGGUGAUUUAAGUCCUAAAUGGCAGUGAAAUGAGUAAUGAGAAUUCAUGAUCAAUACACCAAAACUGCUUCAUUAAGCUAAAGUUGUUUUGGUGAUUAUUGUGUCCCUUUAAAGAGGCACAAGGCCAUCAUCCACAGCUUUAUUUGCCAACUGCUAUGUAAUCAAUGACCAUGAUGUUUAUAAAUAUAUCCUCGUGUGAAAGCCAAGUACAUUUUGAGCCAAUGUGUGGAUCAAAAAUCUUGCACUAGAAUGAUUGCACUAGAAAAAAAAGUUUGAUAAAGUUGAUAGUUGAAACAUGAAUUCUGCAUUGUAUGUGCUUAAUGCUAAAAGACAAUGCACAUAUGUUCAAAAAACUUAUAUUGCCACCAACACAACCCAGAAGCUUUUUUUUAAAGUGUACAGGUGGUAUCAAUACAUUGUCUGCAUGGGUUGGUCAUAAAGAAUCAUUUACAGAGAUUAUACUGCGGAGUGUUUUUAUUUAUUUAGAGCAUUUUUGAGGUGUUGGCACAAUGUUUUACAUUGAGCACCUGCACAGAGAUUGUUUCAUCUCGCAGUGCCAGCAGUUAUAUAUUCUUAUUUUGCCAGAUAUUUAGCUUAUACAAAUCACAGACUUUUAUUAGAUCUUUAAAGUUGACCCAUGUGAUGUUUUAUCUAUUCGGUAUAAUUACCAGAUGUCUCUAUUAACAAAUCUCAAUACUUUUUUUUAUUUUGUAACUCUUACUAGUUCACCUGUGUUCAAAUAAUACAUUUCUGUGUUACUAAGAUGUAGUAUAAACACAACUUAUAAAGAUGCACCAAUUUCAUCUCUGUGAUACGGAUGUAGGUCAAGAAUGGUUUGAAAAGUACAGACUGGCUACCUCCACCGUAUGUGGUUCUUAGAAUCUGGAUACAUAUCCUGAACUCUUUCCAAAGCUACCUUCUUGCCUUCUGUUCUCUUUUCCAGAUAGAGGUGGCAUUACGUCUUGAUAAACCAGCCUAAUGUGCAAUUUCCAAUAUUUCACCCAACCCUCUUAACCAGGGGUUCCCAAAAAGUAGAUCUCCAGAUGUUUUAAAACUACAACUUCCAUGAUGCUGUCAUUCUAAAAGCAUGUUAAAGCAUCAUGGGAGAUGUAGUUCUACAACAUCUGGGGAUCUACCUUCUGAGCACCCCUGCUCUAAACAGCUGGGUUUUUUUUUUUAGAUGUCCUAAAGAUAUAGUUUGAAGGCCUCAAAGUAAAUGUCUUUUUUAAGAUGCUCUAGGACCACGUUUUGUCUGGCAGCAAAUUCGGGCUUUCAGGCAUCACCGGGCCUGAAUCACUGGUAUCAAUUCUGCUAUUCUCUCCACUGGAGAAUUAAACUCCUUUAAUCAUUCCUAGUCUCCAAACAUGUAUAAUUUUUCAGGACAUUCCAUUAGUCUCCCCAAACUCUACUGUUUUAGAUGAAAGAUUAAAGACUUCACUAUAGUCUCUCCAGGGAAUCUGGAUCAGAUGUGCUUAGUGUUUUCAUACAUAAUCUCAGUGGAUGUGUCAGCUUGCUUGUUCUUGACUGAGCCAGCUCCUUCACCAUCUCCAGAACCAAAAAAAAAUAAAAAAACAUUGUCUAUGUCUAACAGAUAGCCAUAAUCAGGUUUCCCAUAUGUCGGAAAUUAAGGAUCUCUUCUCUAAAUUUUUCUUUUGUUAGUUUGCUUUUAUCCUAAUUUUCUUUGACAGUCAUAGUUCCCAUAAGCCUUCUUUUUUAGAUAACUUUUUUUUUUGUAUCAUGGGGAAAAGAUGGCAAAAUAAUUCAGUCUGAACAGAAUGCUUUAAAUCAGCAUACCCCAUUGGCAAGUAGCAAAUCAAACACAAUGUAAACAAAAACAAAGUUAUGCAUUUUGAAAACAAAAACAAUCUAGCAAAUCAAACACAAACAAACAAAAAAUGUUUUUUUGUGAAAAUCAGAAUAAGCAUGAAAUAAUUCACUGAAAUUGACUUGUAAAUAAUUGUAAAGAGUAGAGUUAGCAUGGGUUACAUUUAAAGCGUAUCUAGAGGAAUAUUGACUUAGAAAAAUAGUAGAAUUUCAAUGCAUUUAAAAUCAGUGAUGAGAACGUUGAGUAUGCAGGUGUCAUACUUUGUGUCUCGCGCUGUCCAGCCGUCCAUCCUCUCCUGUCGGGUGGUGCGGAUCGCUGGCUGGCAAAGCACGCGUGUGCCUCCAGUGGCGCGCGCAUCUGGGAGGGCGUCCGAGGACAUGCACGCGCGCACACGGUAGCCGGCAGGGGUGAAGUGACAUUAACUUUUAAAGUGAUAGUAGCCUAUUGCUACUAUCUAUUUAUAUCCUCCCUCAUUUCUGUCCCUGCCUAUCAGAAUACACCUUAACCUAUAUUAACCUCCUUCUGACAUCACUUCCUUGCCCUGUCAUGGUUUAUUUUAGCCCGAGAGUGCGUUCUGAGUAGCUGUCUUUUCUUUGGUUUCUGACUUCAGCUUGUUAUUCGGUUAUUCUCGUUUCUGGCUCCCUGAACUUGGCUCUGUCUAUUCGCUUUCCUGUAUCUCUAUAUCCCUGACCUUGGCGUGUUUGACUAUUCUUAUCUCUUAUUCCUACGUUAAGUCCGGCCACUUUAAGGUCUGCUAAUACGUCUGCCUGUGCUUGCCUUUAUUGUUCUCUGGUUUGCAUGUUGGGGGGUGUUAACCUUGACAGCAGGACACCAAUUCUCAAAACGUAUAUUAUCGAAAUGGUGUUAUUUGUGUGGGGUGCAUUUGUGAAAUGCAUCAAUGUAAGUGUGAGUAAUGUCUGGGUGUUGUUUGUGUACACAAAGAGCAAGAGUUGUUUGAUGCAAAUAUGUGUAAUUUUUUUUUUUGGUUUCCCCAUUUACCCCACUGCAAUAUCUCUCUGGCAAAAUGUAGCACCCUCUCACUGUACCCCUCUUUCACUAUAUAACAGUAAUACCUUGAUUUGUACAUAUUUGAACAUACCGAAUUUAUGUGCUACCCAUUAAUAUGGAUGUGAAUCCAGAAAACACAGAUUUUGGAAUCCUAAUCUGCCCACCUCUCUCAUUUUUUUUCCUUUCCCCCCAUUCUCUCUGCAUUCCUCUCUUUUUGUGUCUAUCCCUAUCCCACCUUUAUUACACCUCAUACCAUCAUCUCCUGACCCUUUUACCCCCCUUCCCCCCCCCCAUUCCUUGUGUAGCAUGGCUGAGUUGGAUCUGGAGUCAAGAAAAACUUUUCAAUUUAUAUUAUGUUUUGUUUAUUAUUUCGUUCUUGUUUUUUUGUGAUAAAGCUCUGCCCCAUGUUGCUAUAUAUUUUUUUUAUUUUUAGCUUCUUUUGCAUCAGCAGAUAAAAUGGUUUGUGAAAGGUUGAACUUGAUGGCCUUGAGUCGUUUUUCAUCCUAAAUUUCUGUUACUCCAUAAAGUUCCUUUCAUGUCUACUCGAUAUUUUCCAAAAUAGCUUCUCAAAGACGGAUAAAACUGAAAUGGGAAAAAAGUACAAGAUGCAGAAAUGACCCUUUCAAUUGUUGCUGCCCACCUGUUGCUGCUCUCAUGAACUCACUUGAAAUCACUAUAUGAAAACAAAAAAAUGAAGGAUGCCUUAAGUAAAAAGAAAUAAAAAUACACAUAAAUGUUAGGUUGAUUUAUGUCGAAACUGAGAGGGUAACGUGUGGCAUCCUGUGUAUGUGUAUAUAUAUAUAUAUUUAAUAUGUGUGUACUCUGUUCAGAAUUGAGUAGAGAUUCACACUGAUAUUUUGUUCAUUUAUGGGGUUUGAGAGAAGGUGAAUGGGAGAUGGACAGAAUGAUUGUAAACCCGACUUCUACUGUGUUGGGUUCAUUCCUAAAAGGGCGACCAUCGGUUUUGUACAAAAAGACUUGCUAUAAUGGGACUGUUAACAUGGACUGUCUGUCUCCUACGCAGGUGGCUGUACGUUUGAGGAGCAUUACAGCAGUUGUGGAUACAGCGUGGCUCUGGGUACCAAUGGGUUUACAUGGGAGCAGGUGAAUACAUGGGAGAAACCACCAAUGGAUGCCACGGUACCAACAGGUAAAAUAAACAUUUAAAACAAUACGGUGCUGCCAGACAGACACAGCAACCUCUCCGUUUAUUUUUGCUCUUUAUUUGUACCAGUCAUACAUUCCUUUAACCACUGCACGUCUUGUUUUUCAGCACCCUCAUACUUUCUAUAUUGAUCUACCAUCUUUCCAUUUGUUCUCUCUCAUCCUCUUAUUUGUCACAUGUUGUGCCCUCUCAUUCAGUUUGACCCCUACCUCAAUACUUUUUUUCUCCUCUCAGGCUCCUUCAUGCUUGUAAACAGCUCUGGGUUUGCUUCUGGUCAAAAAGCCCACCUCCUCCUCCCUGUGCUCAAAGAGAACGACACUCACUGCAUAGACUUCCACUACCACAUGUCUGGUCGUACCAGCCCUGGUGCCCUCAAUGUCUAUGUGAAGGUGAAUGGUGGACCCCAGGGAAAUCCAGUGUGGAAUGUAUCUGGGGUAGUGACUGAGGGCUGGGUCCGGGCUGAACUAGCAAUCAGCACGUUUUGGCCCAAUUUCUACCAGGUAAGACUACACAAGAUGUAUGUGUACCACAACUGUGCUAAAUCUCAUAGCAGCAUGUCAAUAUCAUAAGAAUUGUCUCAGCUGGCCACAUAUUCAUUGACAACUUGCAACUCCAACAAACUAUGGGUUUCUAGGGCACACACAAACUCCAUUGUAAGGUUUACAUAGAAACAUAGAAUGUGACGGCAGAUAAGAACCAUUCAGCCCAUCUAGUCUGCCCAAUUUUCUAAAUACUUUCAUUAGUCCCUAGCCUUAUCUUAUAGUUAGGAUAGCCUUAUGCCUAUCCCACGCAUGCUUAAACUCCUUUACUGUGUUAACCUCUACCACUUCAGCUGGAAGGCUAUUCCAUGCAUCCACUACCCUCUCAGUAAAGUAAUCCUUCCUGAUAUUAUUUUUAAACCUUUGUCCCUCUAAUUUAAGAUUAUGUCCUCUUGUUGUGGUAGUUUUUCUUCUUUUAAAUAUAGUCUCCUCCUUUACUGUGUUGAUUUCCUUUAUGUAUUUAAAUGUUUCUAUCAUAUCCCCCCUGUCUCGUCUUUCCUCCAAGCUAUACAUGUUAAUAUCCUUUAACCUUUCCUGGUAAGUUUUAUCCCGCAAUCCAUGAACCAAUUUAGUAGCCCUUCUCUGAACUCUCUCUAAGGUAUCAAUAUCCUUCUGAAGAUACGGUCUCCAGUACUGCGUACCAUACUCCAAGUGAGGUCUCACCAGUGUUCUGUACAAUGGCAUGAGCACUUCCCUCUUUCUACUGCUAAUACCUCUCCCUAUACAACCAAGCAUUCUGCUAGCAUUUCCUGCUGCUCUAUUACAUUGUCUGCCUACCUUUAAGUCAUCAGAAAUAAUCACCCCUAAAUCCCUUUCCUCAGAUGUUGAGGUUAGGACUCUAUCAAAUAUUCUGUACUCUGCCCUUGGGUUUUUUCCAAGAUGCAUUAUCUUGCACUUAUCCACAUUAAAUGUCAGUUGCCACAACUCUGACCAUUUUUCUAGUUUACCUAAAUCAUUUGUCAUUUGGCUUAUCCCUCCUGGAACAUCAACCCUGUUACAUAUCUUAGUAUCAUCAGCAAAAAGACAUACCUUACCAUCAAGAUCUUCUGCAAUAUCACUAAUAAAAAUAUUAAAAAGAAUGGGUCCAAGUACAGAUCCCUGAGGUACCCCACUGGUGACAAGCCCAAGCUUCGAAUAUACUCCAUUGACUACAACCCUCUGUUGCCUGUCACUCAGCCACUGCCUUACCCAUUCAACAAUAUUGGAAUCCAAACUCAAAGAUUGCAGUUUAUUGAUAAGCCUUCUAAGUGCAACAGUGUCAAAAGCCUAACUGAAAUCUAGGUAAGCAAUGUCUACUGCACCACCCUGAUCUAUAAUUUUAGUUACCCAAUCAAAAAAAUCAAUAAGAUUAGUAAAGUAAACCCAUGUUGCCAUCUUGAAAUCCAUGUGUUUUUAGAUGUUCAACAAUACUAUCCUUUAACAAUUUAGUGUGACCAGGAGUGGGGCUUUUUAUGAGACAUUUUUGGAGACUUACUAAUGACAAUUAUUUAUGCUACUAAAAUGCAAUUUUGAACAAGAACAAAGUAUCUUUUUAACUCAGACUGAUUUCUAAACACAUUUAUUAUAGUUUAAAGACACAUUACUGGGAGUACUCUAGUAUUGCAGUGAGGCUCUGUUAUACACUCAGUCACACCAACAAUAUGGAGCUCCUAGAAAAGAGGGACAUUAAAAUAGAAAGGAGGAACAGAGGGAUUUGGGCCAAACAUCGGAAUUGUCCCUCCUAAUUAGGGACAUAUUGGAGGCAUGUUAGUUUGUGGCUGAAGAUGUUUGGUUAGCUUUACUUUACAUACUGAGUUCAGUGUCUAUAAGAAUAUAUACCAUGCAGAUGAGCAAAACCAAGGUCCUUUCCCCACCUUUUAAACUGGAAUCCAGACGCACCCUUCAUCUUCACCAACUGCACUUGUAAUCAUACUUGAUUAUAUUUCCUACCUGAUCGGUGUUAAACUCAUAUAUGUGUUUUUUAAUAUUCUGUAAUUUUAAUAUUAUUGAUAUUGUUGUAAGAAUGGAAUGUUUGCAGGCCAAGUACAUGAAAACAAGCGAAAUCUCAAUGUAUCCUUCCUGGUAAAAUAUUUUAUAAAUAAAUAAAAUAGCAAGAAUGUAACAAGAAAAAUAAAGAAGAAAUAUGCUGCACUAUUAUUUUGAGUUGUUCUGGUUGAAAUACAAUACAAGGAUGAUAUUUUUGCCCAUGAGUGCCAGUUUACAAACCUUUGUAGUGCAAACGUUGGCAAUUAGUGUCACUGCCCUGGGGUGACCAGCAACCUUAACCAAGUCACUGCUACUGCAGAAGGAGCUGCAGAAAUAUGCUGUCUUUGGAGAUCAAUCAUCAAUUUACUUUAUUGGUCAUUUAAAUCCAUUGUAAUAUUUGCUGAAUCAAUUUAAAGGAAAGAAAUGUGUGGUUUUCACGUGAUAACUUAUUUAAAUGCCAUUUCAGGUCAUACUGAAACCGCAAUGGCUUAUGCUCACUGCAAUUUUAUGACCCCAACCACUCCGACAAUAUAUAGCAAUUCUAUAAUGCCUUCCAUGUUUAGAGGUGUGUAUGUAGCAGCUUCAAUCAUGUGAAAUAUUAAUGAAGGCACAUGGCAAGCUUAAUAGAAGCUAGGCCACUGUCAUAUGCUUGUCAUGUACUCAACUGCAGAAAUGCUAUCCCAUGUACAGCGUUCCCUCUGAAAACAGUGAGAAAAAGAUCAGCCUGUUUCUGCAGACUUCCUGCAAACAUGGGAAAUACAGCAGAACAUAAAAUAACACUGCAAUGGUUUUAUGAACAUGUAUAAGAAUAAUAAUUCCUUUGUUUUAUAAAUGACCACGGCAGACCCAUCAAUUAAAACCUGGAGGGAUUUUGGGGCAUUUGGAGAGAUGGCAUGUGUGUAUAUUCUGUAUUCCAGUUCUAUGCAGCAUUAUGGUGAUUUCCAGUCUUGCUGUCUCCUUUUAGAUCAUAUUUGAAGCUGUCUCCGUGAAGGAUCACUCAGGGUACAUCGCUGUGGAUGAGGUCCGCGUUCUGGCUCAUCCUUGCCGUAUGUAA